GCGCAGAGGCUUAAUCACUGAGUCGAGCUACCUACUUAACGCUGAUCAAACCUACGGAGAACCAAUCCUUUAUUUCGACUGCUUAUUCUUAUUAUUAAAGGUCUAUAUACAUAUUCAAUGGGUUCUGGUUCAAGUCAAUGCGAAGAAAAAGAUGUGUCAUCACAGAACAACAUUGAGACUUCAGGUUCUCCCCCUGUCAUCCUUAUCACGGCCCCUUCCCGAGAGGACAUCUACGCUUCGCCAUCCACCAUGACCAUAGCCGAUGCCAUCAAAGAAAGGAGGCCGACUUCAACCCCGAUUUUUGUUGGACGCAAACCAAUAAAUAGCAACAAAACGUGAUUCUGAUGGAACUGUAGGCCUACUAUCUGCAAGAUCACCAAGAAGAGUAAAACCCUUCCAUUUUACUAAAGAAAACCCCACUCUGAUGAUGAUGUACACGCAGCUUGUGGUCCUGCUGGUUGUGGAUCCCAGAUGACACACAGGUGACACAAGGAUAUGUUAUAUCAAUAUAGUGCCUUUAAUCAUUAUUUAUGUUGGUAUAUUUUGUUGGCUUAUUAUGCAAAUGAUAUGCGAUACAUACUCCAAAUACAAUACAAUAGUGUGACAAGCUGCAAUCUAUGCAUAUAAUGUAUAUGGUUAUUGUUAUACAGUUUAUGAAUAAUGUAUCCCUUUUUGGUGUCAUGAUUGCAGAGAUGACGCUGCUGAACUCCGGAAAAGCUCAUGGUUGUCCAGUUUAAAAGCGAUACAAAACAAUGGCUGCACACGCUCCCUAGUUGUUUGGGAUUUGUAGAUAGCAUAAUCAUUCUACUUUUGCUUAGCUGUAUGCUGUUUUAAUUGACAAGAUGGAUAAUGUUGGAGAUGAUGAACCGGAUCCCAUUAGGCUCAAAUCGAUCAAGAACAAUAAAACAUUUACCGUGCCACAAAGUGAUAGGUUUGGGACCUGCCGAAGUGUCAAAGAGUUUGAGAAAUUCAACCGAAUUGGGGAAGGGACCUAUGGUAUUGUGUACCGAGCUCGAGACACCAGGUCUGAUGAGAUUGUAGCGUUGAAGAAGGUCCGCAUGGACAAAGAGAAAGAUGGCAUUCCCAUCAGCAGCCUCCGUGAGAUCACCUUACUGCUGAGACUGAGGCAUGUCAACAUAGUGGAGCUGAAGGAGGUGGUCGUAGGGAGUCAGUUGGAGAGCCUGUUCCUGGUGAUGAGUUACUGUGAGCAGGACCUGGCCAGUUUACUUGAGAACAUGCAGACGCCCUUCUCAGAGGCCCAGGUCAAGUGUAUAGUGCUUCAGUUGCUACGAGGCCUGGAGUAUCUUCACCAUAACUUCAUGUUGCACAGGGACCUGAAGGUUUCUAAUUUACUGAUGACCGACAAGGGAUGCGUCAAGAUAGCUGAUUUUGGUUUGGCCCGUGUGUACGGUAUCCCUGUACAGCCGAUGACCCCCAGAGUGGUGACACUAUGGUAUAGAGCCCCAGAGCUCCUUCUCGGGACAAAAACACAGACAACUGCACUAGAUAUGUGGGCAGUGGGCUGUAUCGUGGCUGAGCUGCUGGCCCACAAGCCCCUGCUGCCUGGAGGCUCAGAGAUCCAGCAGGUGGACCUCAUCGUCCAGCUACUGGGAACGCCCAAUGAUAACAUCUGGCCUGGUUUCUCCCGGCUUCCUCUGGUUGGUCAGUAUAGUCUGAGGAAGCAGCCCUACAACAACCUGAAAAACAAAUUCACCUGGCUGUCGGAAGCCGGCCACAGACUGCUCAACCUUCUCUUCAUGUACAAUCCCCAGCGCAGAGCAACUGCCAAAGAUUGCUUGGAUAGUUCUUAUUUUAAGGAGAAACCUCUACCAUGUGAACCCGAACUGAUGCCAACCUUCCCACACCACCGCAACAAGCGUGCGGCACCUCGCGUAGAGAGCCGUCCCAAACGAAGCAAGGUGUGAUGGGACGAAAGUUGAGGACAAGCCCCCCCCCCUCGCCACGACGACAGCAUCCUAUUCCACAAUAACAAUGAUCUGUCAAAGAUCAGAAGGCUCCUUUGUUCACCUCCAAACUUCUCUCCCUCUCCACUGAAUACAAGAAACCCUUUGCUUUUGCUGGCUACCCUUGUACAUGUUGAUCACAUGCAUGUAAAAAAAUAUGUAAGUAUCCAAUAAGACAUUUUUUAUGAAAUGUUCUGCCUUUUGUAGGAUUGGCAUUUGCAGAUGGGCCUUUGCAGAUGACCUCAGUGUAUAGAGGAUAUUUAAGGUCGUUUCUUAAGGUUUCAGCACCAUCUUGGAGAGGAGCCUGAAGUAGUACGUAUAAGUGGACUCAAAGUGCUGCUCCGAAAUGAGUGAAAAAUAGAUCAAGCCCACGCAACUUGUUGGAUUCUACUAUGAUUCUACUAUGACUGUUUAUGAACACAAACCAUUGUGGACAACCAAACAUGAUUUUUUUUUGUCCUUUGAUAAUAAAUGAAUCGGAUAUAUUUUAUCUGAAGUAUACGGUGACCGUGUAGUAUAGAAAAAUCAAACCUGUGAUGCAUGCAUCUGUAUAUCUUGAUCCUUUUUUUAUAUAUGUUAUCGACUUUUCGCUUUGCUGUAGAUGCCGUCAAUCUUGCUGGAACAAAGAAACAUUCAUUUAAAAGUUGAAAUGUAGACAUUUUAUUUCCUUCCGAUUAUUCAAGUAAUUAUAAUAACAUUUUAUGACUAGUAGUACGUUAGUUUAUUAUAAACUGACUUUGCAAUUGAAACAUAUGAUGUACCUUCAAAUACGCAUAGAUAGCAGCAAUAUUGCUCAGUCAAACAUCUCUAAACAAUUGAUUUCUGAAGUAUCAUUGUAAGUAUCAUUGUUAAGAUUAGUUGUUGGGAGGGGAGGGUUGGAGGACAACACUGAAGUAACCACACAACCUCCUGAUGAUAAUGUAAGUUACUGGGUACAAUAAUGCUAGAAAACAGAAUUGAAACGUACAUAGAUCCGGCAUCACAAUUGAGAAAAUACUGGGGAAAGAUGUCAAUAUCUGUUGCGUACUAAACAGCAUUCACACAGUUAAAUGACUUAAAUACUGAGCUGCAUAAAUUAAAUACGUCUGAAAAAGUGCUUUAAAACAAGGUUUGCAAAGAAGCACCGGUAAACCAACCAAGAACUUAAUUUUAAGAUUUUCAAACAUUUUGAAACAUUGUGAUUUCUUUCUUGGUGAGCCAUACUGUUCUUCAGAUAUUAUGAGUCGAACGAUUUUUUUCAGCUGGCAGCAACAAGGAAAUCUUGGUGCGAGUAAAGCAAUGGUUUACGGAAACAGACAGUGAUGUAUGCCAAUCACAAUUGGAUUGACAUAUCACUAAAAAAAUGAACAAAGCCAACCUUAAAUGUGUUAAAACAUUAACACACAAAUAAAUUAACAAUAACAAAUGAAAAGGCAGCAGAUGCACACAAACAUCCACAUGCCUGGAACAAUAAAGUACAAACAUAAUUGAUGUUUGUUCCUUAAAGCUUAUAUCAAGCUAAUAUGCAGCAUGUUCAGUCAAUCCUUUAAAAGACUGUAGUCUAAGCGGUAGACUAUGAGAAGGGACGAACUAAACGGAAUCCGUGUUCUGCGUCAGGUAACAUGUAGAUUCAAAAAGAUACUAGGUAGCGUCUAAGACCGGACAGGAAACACAGGCUGUUGUCCACUCUGUCUUUUAGACUAUUUUUCUCUUCAACCUCAUCCAAAGAUUCAAAAACAGUGCAUGGACCAGAUUCGAGAAAACAAAAAGACAACUCUCACCCCAUCAGGUACUUUUUUUUGUUAUUUUUUAGGCACCAUCUGUUUUUACGUAAAAAUCCAUGAAAGGCAGUGACUCACGUACAUCCAAUCAGAGAAGACGCAGGGGAGAGGGAGAAGGAGGGAGUGAGAAUAAGUACAGUAGCUGGGCUUAACUUGAGGGGAACUUGGUACAAGGGAGCCAGUGAGAGGAGAUGGAGCCUUUGGGGAGACGGGAAGGGGCUUUGUCUCCUAUUCAGCCCUCCAUUCCAAAGUCCUCUGUGAACUUCGUGACCUUCAGCAGGUCCUCAGAGUUGACGGUGGGACGCGUGGUGGACAGAGAGCGCAACAUGUCCGACUGGAAGAGACAAGAGGCUGUGUUCAAUUGGGCUUGCUUGUUCCCUCAUUCCCUAUUCCAUAUAUAGUGAACCCCAAAUAGGAUAGGGAUAAGUAUAUGGGGAAUUCUGAGACUAAUUAUGUGCCAGAAAUCCAUCAACGUGACGUGUAUUGGUCACACAAACUAGCUGACGUGCUGAUUUGCGUACCAUUUUUUUUUCCUUUGUCCCCAUUUAAGCGUACAGACUUCUAUCCUGAGGAAUGUGUGUGCCAAACCAAAGGGACCCUCUCUAUUAUAUGUAUCUGAUGACAAUGAAAGCCCCAAUGCAUCAUGGGAUAUAGUACGGAGAUAAGUCACUCACUGGGCAUUUAAAUGUGUUAUUACACUAUGUGUGUGUGUGUGUGCAUGGGUGGGUGUGUGUCUCACCAUGCAUACUAUGGGCUCCAGCAGCUUGUCACUAGGCACGUCCAUCCAGGUCAACUCUAUGGCAUCGGGGUCCCCCGGGGAACAGGGGGUCAAGAGGUCAUCUACCAUAAGCUGAGCGUUGCUACGUGACGGACCAUGCACCUGCAACGCAACAAGGUGACGGAGAACCGAAUCACAUAUUCAACACACAACUCGACACAACACGUUAGGGCUGUUUGAUAUGAUGAUAUAUAUAUCGGGGGACGAGAGAAAAAUGUCCAUCUAUCGUUCCUAUCGCUAUUUG